AUGGAAGAAGAAAUGCAGAGGCACAUCAAGCUCACGCCAUCACAGACGACCCCAGUGGUAUUGGUGGUUGGAGACCCAGGUCGAGUGGACAAGGUUAAAAUGCUGUGUGACUCGUACGUAGAUUUGGCGUAUAACAGAGAGUACAAAAGUGUUGAGUGCACAUACAAAGGGCAGAAGUUCCUCUGUGUCAGCCACGGAGUAGGAUCCGCAGGAUGUGCAAUCUGUUUCGAGGAGCUCAUGAAUAACGGAGCAAAGGUGAUCAUUCGUGCUGGAUCAUGUGGUUCUCUCCAACCAACUCAAAUGAAGAGAGGUGACAUUUGUAUAUGCAAUGCAGCAGUAAGAGAAGACAGAGUAUCGCACCUUAUGAUAUAUUCAGACUUUCCCGCUGUAGCAGAUUUUGAGGUUUACGACACCUUAAACAAAGUAGCACAAGAGUUAGAGGUUCCCGUUUUCAAUGGAAUUAGUUUAUCAUCUGACCUAUACUACCCACACAAGAUCAUCCCCACAAGAUUGGAAGAUUACUCAAAAGCUAAUGUCGCUGUGGUCGAAAUGGAAGUAGCCACCUUGAUGGUUAUGGGUACUCUUCGAAAAGUAAAAACAGGUGGCAUUUUCAUUGUUGAUGGAUGCCCAUUGAAGUGGGAUGAAGGAGACUUUGACAAUAACCUCGUUCCAGAGAAACUUGAAAAUAUGAUUAAGAUAUCUUUGGAGACUUGUGCCAGAUUGGCGAAGAAGUAUUAG